GUGUGAGCGUUAUGGCUCUGCUUUGUAUGGACGUGGUGGGGGAUUUUUGACAGCGGCAGCGCUGUGGGGAAACAAACAAGGACGCGGCUGGUGUCGGGGACUCUUUCCUCCCUCCUCGCUCCUGCACCGACUCACCCCGCCGAUGUUUUCCGAGGAUAUGGCGGCUACGGAUUGCGCUGUCUGCUGUAAGUCUGAUGAGUGAGAGUGCUGCCAGCCUGCUCCUCCACCACAAUGGUCGACAUGGAGAGCCACUACCAUCCCCCUUCUCCCCUGGAGGACUCAGUGCUGGACAGCCCUCUGUGCGCUGAUGAUGAUUUCCUGGGUGGCAUGGAGGAGCUCCAGGAUAUCUCCCAAUCCAUCAAUGACGAUGCCCUAAGCUCCUUUGAUGUCCCCGAAUACCAGUCCUCCAGCAAUGGCUCAGAAGGUUCAACUGUCCUAGAUGCCCUGACACCAGCAUCCAGCCCAUCGUCAGUGGUUUAUGGAAUGGCAACAAGCCAGGACGAGUUCUCAUCUUCCUCCUCAUCACUCAACCUGGAGUGCCGAGUGUGUGCUGACCGCGCCUCGGGCUACCACUACGGAGUCCACGCCUGUGAGGGCUGCAAGGGUUUUUUUCGGCGGACCAUCCGUCUGAAGCUGGAGUAUGACAAAUGUGAGCGCCGCUGCAAAAUCCAAAAAAAGAACCGCAACAAGUGCCAAUACUGCCGCUUCCAGAAGUGCCUGUCGGUGGGCAUGUCCCACAAUGCCAUCCGAUUUGGUAGGAUGCCCCAGUCAGAAAAGCUUAAACUAAAGGCGGAGAUGGUGACGGGGGACAGGGAGGUGGAAGAUCCCCAGCUAGCAGACCAGAAGACCCUGGCCAGGCAGAUUUAUGAGGCCUACCUCAAGAACUUCAAUAUGAACAAGGCCAAGGCUCGAACCAUUCUUACGGGCAAGACCAGCACCCCUCCUUUCGUCAUCCAUGACAUGGAGACCCUCCAGCUGGCAGAGCAGACACUGGUGGCCAAGAUGGUCGGCUCCGCAGGAGUGCUGAAGGACAGGGAGGCAGAAGUUCGGAUUUUUCAUUGCUGCCAGUGCACAUCCGUGGAAACCGUGACAGAGCUCACAGAGUUUGCAAAGUCCGUCCCCGGGUUCUCGAGUCUGGACCUCAACGAUCAGGUGACUCUUUUAAAAUAUGGAGUGUACGAAGCCCUCUUUGCCAUGCUCGCCUCCAGCAUGAAUAAAGACGGGCUUCUCGUAGCGUACGGCUCAGGCUUCAUCACCCGGGAGUUCCUUAAGAGCCUGCGGCGACCCUUCAGUGAAAUGAUGGAGCCUAAAUUCCAGUUUGCCAUGAAGUUUAAUGCGCUGGAGCUGGAUGACAGUGACCUGGCUCUGUUUGUGGCCGCGAUCAUCUGCUGUGGAGACCGACCAGGCCUGGUGAACGUGGCACACAUUGAGACGAUGCAGGAGAGCAUUGUACAGGUCUUACAGCUCCAUCUGCUGGCCAAUCACCCCGAUGACACUUUCCUCUUCCCCAGGCUACUGCAGAAACUGGCUGACCUCCGGCAGCUCGUCACUGAGCAUGCACAGCUGGUGCAGGAGAUCAAAAAGACCGAGGACACCUCACUGCACCCACUCCUGCAGGAGAUCUAUAGAGACAUGUACUGAGGAUUGUGGAGGAAUAGACCCAGUGAGGAACACCACACACCAUCUCCGUUUUGUCAGGGACAUAAGAAGAGGAGUAGUCCUCCAUAAGCUAGGGUUGAACUACUUAACCCCACCACCCCCCAAUGCAGCAACAGUUAGCUUUGGCUUGUGGUCACCUCAAGAGGACCUGUUCAGGCCCCAGACAGGAGGCUGAUGGUUCUCUUGGUUUGGCACAGUUCUCUCCACUCCAUCGUGUGGACCUUUGCAGGCAGAAAAAUCUCGUAGAUAAGAUGCGAUAUGCUAGUACAGCUGUUUGAGCCCUUGUCUACCAAUGUACACAAUGUCUGACCAAACUCUAAAUGCAAAUUAAGAUGACCUUGGUUGCCCUCUACGAGCCCUAAAAUGAGGAAAGAAAGUGAACUUGAUAAUUGCCACUCCAGCAGUAUGUUUGAAUAUAAAUUUUUAUACUGAUGUCGGAGAGCAAAGAGCCAUAUAUACUUAGAGUUAACAACACCCAAAUGACUUCAAUGGCAGCAACAACAGAAACAAUGCAGUUUUAAAGCAAGGCAGCUUUGGUUAAAUUGGCUGUCAAUAAAAAGUGGUGAUGGUACUUAAUACACCAGUCCUCCAGCAUGCUUUCUCACCUUUUUAUAACCAGACACAUCUGUGGUGUCACCAGGCUCCUGAGUAUAAUCAUUUACAUGUACUGUUUGUCCUCGAAGCCAUACUUUGUAAUGAUGCUGGAAAGUUUCAUUAUGUUUUCAUCGCCUUUCUCUUCCUAAUAAGACAGCAUCAAAACUUGCUAUGGAUUAUACUCACUUAUUUUUCAACUUGUUCACAAACUGUACAGGCAAUAGUCAUUUAACUCUUUAAAAUAAGGUAGCAAAAGGAGAAAAUCUGAAGCUCUUCAAGACACAGUCACAGAUUCACUGUGUACAUGCACCGCAAUGCACAUCGGAAGCACAAACACGCCUGACGUUUUUGUACUGGACCUCUGUUAAAUGCCUUUUUCCUGAAACACUUGUGCAAAUGUUUGGCACUCCACCCUGUUUUUUGUCCUGAUAUUUUAGGGCUAAUGCUAAGAUACUCUUUGUCUUGCAUUGCAACCUUAACGCAGGCAGACGUAAAGCUAGAAAUUCAUUCACUCAGUGAAUCAAAUCAAGCAAACCACUGUUAUUUAUAAUGCACAUAUAGUCAUGUUGGCUCUAUCUACUAUUGUAUUUCACUGGCUGUGUUUGUUCCUCAUAACAUGCAGCUGAUUAAGAUUCAGGGGUCUUAUCUGCACAUUUUUGUACGAUGACAAACAAAUUAUUCAUUUUUUUUCCCCACUGAGAAAGCUACAAUGGUAUGGCCUCAUAUAUUACACAAUUACUCCUAUGAUUAGAAGUUUUUCAUCCUCAAAAAUAUGUUAUUUUGGAUGAAAAUGUUUCCGUUUUGCUCUGGAGGUUUCUGAAAAAUUGGCAGUCAAUUUAAGCAAACUGUCCAUCAGAACCUACACAGAUAAAAUAUGAGUCUAUGGAUGUUUUUCACGGUUAGCCUGUCCAGUGAUGGAUGAUGAUCAAAUAUAUUUGGUGUCUUUUGGAUAUUUUUGUCAUUUAACGAUGAUGAUAAGGCGUAUGAAAAGGCCACUCCUGCAUUUUGUUGUCAUACGGCCUUUUGUAUGAAACGCACAUGCUACUCGGAAGAGCUACAGUAAGAGAAUGUUGAAAAGGAAAUGAUGAAAACAUGCAUGUCUGAUAGUUUGGAUUAAAUAUAUGUGAACCUGUGAGAGAAUGCUUUCCCCUGUCUAACCAAAUGGUCCCAAAAUCAUGAUGAGAUUAUUGAAAUUCAGUCCCGAGAAAUGGACCUUGAGUUUGUAGUUACAUCAGACUGUAUAAACAGAGUGUACUGUACAUAGCUGAAAUGAUCACGUUGACAGCAUUGUCCCAGCUUUUAACUCUCGAGGUAUACAAGGUACUAAUGAUGAUCAACUUUUGUAUUCCUCAGUUUGGUAAAUACUUUGAAAUGUUUGAAAUUUUGCAGUAAAUGUAGUUCUGUACUGUAUGUUCUUUUUUGCUUAAAUGCCACAUACUUGUGUUUUAAUUGACUUGGAUCAUAUUUUUAUACUAAAGCAUAUAAGUAUGACUAAAUAUGAUAAUUGUUUAUUUGAAAUUGCACGACUGAAGGGUGCAGUGUAAAUAGACUUAAGGUGUAACAGGGCAAGUGGUAAUCUAGAUAUCCAUAGAUCUGAAUCCCAUUGGGGACAUUCCUUUGAUUGAUUGCUUUUUUUUUUUUAGAUAGCCAUCAAGGCUGUACUAUGUUCUCACUUCCUUUCAACUGUACUUCAUUUAUGUGUUAAAUUAAGCUCUUAUGAUUUGAACUUACAGCAUACGGGGGCUGUGCAGGGCUGUACUGGCUCACAACUUUGGGUGGUUGAUUAAACCCUGACCUCCAUGAACUCUGAAUACAGUGAAAAGCUCAUUUAUCGCACGAAGCUCCAGCUUGGCACUGAUCACACAAUACUGAUCUCGUUUUAUACUCUUCUCUCAGGUCGCACAUCAGAAAACAAAUAGGGUAAUAUAUGCACAGAAUUUUAUUGUUCCUGUCAGAAAUGCUCCACAGUUGCCUCCUCAUCUUGAAAAGCAAAUAAACCUGUAUUUUUUUUUGACACAUCACAUCUCUGUUGGCUAACAGAGGAACUGAAUGCACUCAUGAUUUGCCGUCACAUCACAAUGCUAUUACAGUAAAUACGACGCAGUAAUGAAAAUGCAGUAUAUAUUGUUUUAUAAACCUGAUUUUUGUCAUGCUUUUUGUCUUGACCUUUCUCUCCUCACUCGCUGCUAUGUUGUACUAACUCACCAAACAUUUCUGAUGCCAUGAGUAGAUUACUGACCUUCAAGCUGCCUCUACUUACUUACGAUAUCUGGUCACAGAAUGUCAGAACCACACGCGGACUUCAUUCAACGCAGCUCAGUUUUUCACCUUGCAGAUUCCUGGGACUUGGAGAUCCCAGAUAUGCUCGGGGAUUAACCACAAACAAUGUGUGCCUUAGUGUGUGUAUAUGCCAUAAAACACCAGAGAUUAAAAGAAAAAAGACUUGACUUGAGCACGCACCUGUAGAACUGUACACUUUUAGUGUCUUCAGCUGGACUUAGCUGUUUGUGACACAGUAGGGUCCUGCAGACAUGAAAUGAUGUCACUGUAGAGUUAGGAAAAUAUCCUAUAUAAGUAAAACAGAGUGCUAAUUGAAGCUUCACGUUCCAUUUAGAAAAGCAACAGUAAAGGAUUCACUUUCCAAAAAAAGACAGACUUUUAAAAGUUAAAAUGGUUGAAACUCUAGAGCAAGGCCCGGGAGGAGAAGUCAUGUAAAUUUGUGAUGCCUGCUUACCUUUAGGAAUGUCUGUUUUGUGUUGAAUUGACAAGGGACAUUUUAACUUGUAUCAGGGAAUCUUAGUCUUCCUUUGUUGAAAUAGCUCAGGAUAUAGAAAAGUACUGUUUCUACUCUGUCUCUCUUUAUUCACUCUGCAGUCAGUUUAUAGUGCUCUGCCUUGCAGCACACAAACAACAACGAUAUGGAUUAAUAGGACCUUUGUUUUUUUUAUUUUCCAAAACUGACACAAAAAAUAAAUGUUACCGGGGGGGAGGGGGCAGCAGUCAUAGGAAUUAGAUUUUUGAUUUAUUUUUUUCUUCCUGAAUUUCUUGGAGUUUGUUUUUGUGGCUAUAGUGUCAUGCAGAGAGACAACAGAGACUCUUUGGAUGUGUUGUUAAUGUGUACUGUGGCUUGAUAACAAUACUGUAAAUGUUUGAUGAAUGUAUAUUUAGUCAUUUAAACAAUGAAACAAAUUGACAUUGAAUGGACUUAAAAAUAAAUGAUUUUAAAAUCCA